AUGACGACAGUACCAGGGCAGCUGAUAUGGGAGAUCGUAAAGAAGAACAACUCUUUUCUCGUUAAGGAGUUCGGCAAUGGAAAUCAAAGCGUUCAGUUUAGCAAAGAGCCUAAUAACCUCUACAAUCUCAACUCAUACAAACACUCUGGACUAGCCAACAAGAAGACAGUCACUAUCCAGCCAGCUGGUAAAGAUCAAUCUGUGUUGCUUGCAACGACUAAAACCAAGAAACAGGGAAAACCUGCAAGUUUGCUUAACAAAUCCAUAAUGAAAAAGGAGUUCUACCGCAUGGCAAAGGCAGUUUCAAACCAGGUGGGAGAUAACUAUUACAGGCCAGAUUUGAAGAAGGCUGCACUCGCUAGGUUGAGUGCUGUGAGCAGGAGUCUUAAGGUCUCAAAAUCUGGUGUGAAGAAGAAGAACAGACAGGCUUACAAGGUUGGUGGUAGGAAAUGAAGCUCUGAUCUGAUAUUAUUAUCAUAAUUAUCUUGUUAUUCAAUCAUAUUACUGUUUGGUUUGCAUGAGGAUAGUUAAAUGUGCAACUCGAAUUGGUUUACACCAAUUUUCAGAAUACAAUUUUGAUGGUUUUUGGCCUGUUUAUGAAAGUCUUUUAACUAUUGCUUAUUAUUUGUGAGGCAUAUGCCAGUCUUUUUUAAGCAGUUUUGUGUGUUUGUGGUGAUUAGGGUUGUAAAUGAAUUGAACAAAACACAAAUUAGCUUAAUGUUUGUUUGAGUUUUUAACUGAACAUGCCAGUGAACAUAAACUCAAACGAAUGAAUGUUUUGUUAAUAUUUAU